GACAUAAACAAACCACGCGCGUUUUCCUGCAGCAGUGGGUCUUAACUGCGGUUUAACGGGGAGCUUCCUGCAGCUUUGAAUAGUGUUUGUCGUUUACCGUCAUUAAGCAAGAACAAACAGAGAACCUCGCUGAUUAACGGGGCUUGGCUGUGCCGUUAGCCCGGGCAGGUUCGGGCUGACACGGCCAGGAUGAAGUGUGUUGUCACUGGGUGUCCGAACCGCUCGGUGAACACGGGGCUCUUCAGACAAACACCGAAGAGGUUCUUCGACUUCCCCGAAGACCCUGCUCGAGUUAAGAUAUGGCUGGCGGCGCUGAGGGAGACAGACAAAGUGGACCCGACAGAGCAACACCAGAUCUGUGAGGACCACUUCCUCCCAGAGGACAUCUCCACCAAAGGCAUCAACCCUGGCGCCAUUCCCAUCAUGCCUCCCUGCCUGGACGAGCAGCUCAUCAGCCCCUGGGCUGCUGAUAUGUCAGAGGAGGAGGAUGAGCAGUGGGGAGCAGGAGGCUACGAGGAAGAGGAGGAUGAAGGUGGAGAUUAUGCUCCUCCUCUACCAACUCCUCCACAGAAGGUUCCUGCUCCCAGAGUAAAACAUCGACCAGAGCCUGCAUCCACGAGUGCAGCAUCGUCACAGAUGAAACCCCCAAUGAGGACGUUCAGACAAGAUGUGUCUCUGGGCACACUGACGCGGGGUUUCCUCGACCUACUAGAGGCGACUCCAGACGGCUGCGUAGACAUUGGCGAGGUGGUGAAGAGCCUGGGAACGCGCCGACGACGAGUCUACGAUGUCACCAACGUCAUGGACGGCAUCAGACUCCUGGAGAAGAAGUCGAAGAAUAAGUUCAAGUGGACAGGACGCUGUUCGAUCUCGGGUCUGAAGAACUCUCAGAAGCAGAAGGAGCUCGAGAACAUGAAGAAGGUGGAGAACACGCUGGACGUCCUCAUCAAAAGCUGCGCUCGGCAGCUCUUCGACAUGACCGACAACAAGGACAAUGCUGCGUGGGCGUACGUUACCGUGGAGGAUAUCAGCCGGCUUUCAGCCUUCCAGGAGCAGACGGUGAUCGUGGUCAAAGCUCCAGAGGAAACCAAGCUGGAGAUCCCCACUCCAAGAGAGGAUGGGAUCCAGGCUCAUCUCAAGGCACUUCAAGGCGCGAUCAUGGUGGUGACCUGCGAGGUAGACACGGGAGAAGGCGUAACCUCUGACCCUGAAGAGAAAAACAAACUUUUUAAACAGCUGGAGGAGAGUCGGAUCAAGACGACGUUGAUGCAGACAGAGACACCAAGUGCUCAGGGCGCCGUGCAGAGUGCAUAGCCAUCCGAUCACCACUGGAUGGCGCCAGAACUCAAACAGAACCUGGAAAGAGGACAAGAACCGAGAUAACCCCAGAGACUGUACAUGAGGAGUGGUCGGCUCCCACUGGCUCAUGAAGACGUUUUUUUUUUCCUCCGCCACUUUUGUUUUUGCAGCCAGAAUAACCCUCUGAUGUGACUGGUUGUAAAAAGUGAAGCUUGAACUCGUUGGACGAUUUCUCAGUGUAGAAAAGCUCUGAACAUUCUGGGGCUUUCCACUGACUGUCGAUAUUUGCUUCUGCAGAGUUUGAAGCUGAUUUCAGCCCCAUGAAAACAAUGUAAAAACACUAUUUAUGGACCAUUUUUCCUUUUCACCAGUAAAUGACUUUUUUUUUUCUUUUUUUUUUCUUUUUUUUUUUUUUACCAAAAUGAUAUCAUGAGAACUAGAAGACAGUUUUCACCUUUUUUGACCAAGAAGUGAUGAAGAGGAAUCACAGAGCAUCAUUAGAUAUGGUUCUACUGCAGCGUUUUGUUUUUUUUUUAAUACCAAAAAUAAUGAUUUUUGUGAAUGUAAAGCAUUUCUUUUCUAAUUAUGUGUUUGAUUGUACUUCAUUUGCUGUAAUGAAUAAAACAUCGUACCCUUAUAAGACGGAUGAAUGUUGUCUUGCUGUCGGCUGAAUCCUGAAGUCUGCAGAAACAAUCUCAGGGCUCGUUUGGAUUAAAGUCAAAUCCAAAACUUGACUUUUAAAGUAUGUCAUACUUGUACAUGUAUUUCAUUUAUUCUUGUUUUGACUGGAAUUUUAACGUUAAAGUUAGUUUUUACUGAUUAAAGUUCAUUAAGCUUAA